AGAUGUACGAUAGAGUGCAAUCAGUAAUGUGGUUAACAAUAAUAGUCGUGAUUGUUUCAAUAGUGGUUUGCAGAGGAGUCACUGACACUACCAGCAACUAUUAUGAUCUUAGUACUUAUUGUAAAAAAACGGGUGAAACCAUCAAGUGCAAAGAUAUGAUUCAUAUUAUCAGUUGGUUUAACCUCCAUCCAUUGGGUUUUAGAAACGGUACAAAUCUUGAAGUCAUUGGCACCGAUCCAAGAAAAAGAGCUUAUUUAAAUCCAGAGAGUUACAGAGGAAUGCACAACUGGAAAAGGAUUAGAAUACUCGACACUAACUUGGACCAUUUAGACCCUUAUUCAUUUGAACACAUGGAUAAUUUGGAAUCGGCUCACUUUAUUAAUACUGGCCUUGAAUACAUAAUGGCGAAUAUAUUUUACGACUUGCCCAAAUUACGGGAGGUGAUAUUGACUAGGAAUCGUCUUAUUGCGUUGAAAUUCUCGGUAUCGAAUAAAUGUCCAAUGUUUAAGUUAUUAGAUGUGGGAGAUAACAAGAUAAACUUUACCUCGGAUGAGAGUUUUUUUUUUGAAAUAGGAUCAAUAUUACAUAUAAACCUUAACAAUAAUAGACUCUACACCUCCUUCAAAAACGAUAUGCAGCAUUACCCGGACCGUAUUAGGAAUUUGUGGUAUUCGCAUAAUAAAUUUACAGAGCUUAGAGCAGAUUGGUUCCGAUUGAGGAAGAAUUUAAGAAUAGUCAAUUUUGCGUACAACCAGAUAGAAUAUGUAGAGAAUAAUACAUUUAAGGACAACCCUAAUUUGCAUACGAUCAUUCUAUCUUACAACAAGUUGACAACUAUUCCGAUGUCGUUACUUCCGGCAAAUUUUUAUCCGAACUUAAAAUAUCUGGCUAUAGAUCACAACUGGAUUAUGGGAUUAGAUACUACCAAGAAAGGUCCCUUGAAACUUUUAACCAACUUAAAGAAAAUAUCGUUGGCUGGAAAUCCGUUUUACUGCAGUUGCUUUCAAGAAGUUCAGAAUCAAAUAAAUCACUUAAGUCUGCAAGAAGUGUGUAGCGAGAAAGAGACCCCGGAACACACAAGGGACCUUUGUAUCAUAGAAGCAGAAAAUUACAAUACACCAUGUCAUUUAAUUCCAGCAAGCGAGAACGCCGAAAAUCGGGAAAAUUUCCUUGAAGAAAAUACCGCACUUCCAGUAUCCUUUGAUUCGAUGUACUGUGCUCUUGCAGAAUUUAUAAAUGCCUAAUUUUAUUGUUAAUAAUAAAAAAUCAUGUAAACUUAAGUUUAAUUAUACGUGUCAUACAUU